AUGAGGCACGCGGCGUCGGCGAACAGAGUGGCCUUUGACUGGAUUGCGCGGAAAAUCUACUGGGCCGACGAGAAAAAGCGGAUCGUACUUCGGUCGCACUUGGAUGGUUCCCACCGAGAACCUGUUGCGAUAGUCGGUGUCGUGCAAAGGCUGCUGAUCGAUUCGUUGGAGGCGCACCUGUACUGGUCGACGAGCCGAACGGUCGAGGUCGUUCGGCUUAACGGCGAAGAUAGGCGCCAGUACCGCUCCGAGGACGAUUUUGAUGGCCGUCGCGUUUCUGGCCUGACCCUCGAUCUGGACAAUCGGUACGUUUAUUGGAUCGUCGGCGAUACCGAGGACGACUUUAAGCUCUACCGAUCUCUCACUGCCGACAACCUGCCCACCGAUCAAGACAUCCUUCCCGAAGUUGUAUCGACGAUACGCAACACGAUCGGCAACUCGUUAUCCUACGUAUCCGAUCGGUUCUUCUUCCUCGAUUCGACACGGAGUGCUUUGACGACCGACGCCCACGGCAAAUUUACAGCCACCAUCUCCAACAUCAGCGAUCACUCGAGCCUCCUGUCGCUGUUUGUGAGAGGCCCGUUACCGAGCGUUCCGAAAAACUUGACGCCGAUUGCCGUACGCCCCGGGAAGGUGAACGCCAGCAGCAUAGCGAUCGUUGGCACCUGGCGCGACUUUAGCGUCACCUGGCAGCCCGUGACCGGUCCAAACUACGGGCGCAUCUUUUACGAGGUCAGUUUCACCGACUACAUCAACGUCAACACUCAACCGGUCACGACCAGCCGAACCACUCUUGGCUACGCCAAUGCCGAUCAGCUGUUGCCCUACUCGCUGCUCGAGGUCACGAUACGGGCCUACACCUACUGGGACGCCGCGCCUCGCGUCAGCCGUGUGCUCAGGUCGCCCCAGAGCGUGCCCAGCCAACCGGCAGAUCCACGAGUCUUUGUCGAGAGCUUUAAAGACCCGCUGGCCGAAUCUGUCGACUACUUUGCCACUUUCAGAUGGGGUAUGCCGGAAUUUGGCAACGGACCCGUGCUAGGUUUUACGAUCCAGUGCUGGAUUUUGGUCGACGGCGCGGAAGUAUUGAUUUGCGACUCCGUCAACGUCACAGUCUCCGAACUAGAGUACAAGGUCCACAAUCUCCGGGCAGCUACGGCGUACUACUUUCAAGUGCGCGCCUUUGCGGAGGUAGGGGCGGGUCCGUUCACCGAUACGGUGUCCGCGUCGACGGAGAACGAGAAUCCGGUGCCGCAGCUGCUGGUGGCGACGAUGGAGGACGUUAAGAAGAUCGACCUCGACGAGCGAUCGAACCUCACGAUAACGCGCCACAUAGCCGUCGAGGUGGCCAACUUGGCGGCCGAAGCUAAGAUCUUCUGGAUCAACGAGAUGCAAGAGCUGGUGACGGCAGACGCCGACGGCAGAAGCAUCACAAAGAUCCUCACGCUGAACAAUACGGCGCUCAGCCUGUGCGCCGACUGGAUAUCGAGGAGCGUGUUCUGGACCGAGUCCGACAUGGAGUCCGGUCUGAGCCACGUCAUGAAGUUGGACAUAACGGUGUGGGAGGCCGGAGAUUACGAGUACUCGAGAAUCUUGACAAGGAAUCGGCGAAUCGUCAAUCUGGACAUCGCUCCUCUGACCGGAAAUCUGUUUUGGUUCGAGCUAAGCACCAGCAGUCUCGGCUUCGUCAUGCAGUCCGACCUGGAUGGCGAGAACGUCCAGCCCUUUUUCAACCACACGGAGGACUGCUCCUGUCCCUUCAAACCGAUGAUCCAGCCGGUUUUUACCAUCGAUAACACCGAUCCCUCGAGUCCCGUCGUCUACUGGAUCUCCGACGAGGGUCAGCUCUUCAUCGCCGACAUCGAAGGCUGCAUAUGCAGCUUGGUCGUGCAGCCUGGCCCGGAUCGAGGAUUGCCGCCCACGUCUCUGACCACGGACAAGAGGUACAUCUACUGGUCGAACAGGGACACGGGCAAAAUUCACUACACCGACAAAAACGGGUUCGGAGACAGCAUGACGAUAAAGGACUACCUGAUAAACGACACGCGAAGCAUCCGAGCGAUCGGCAAGUCUCUGCAGCCGUAUCCCGAGCCCGACUGCCUGAUACCCCAGCGCGCCCAGUACAACGUGCAGCAGGUGUCAAGGAGCUCGAGCAGCAUCACGGUGCGGCUGCCCGAGGCCCAGGCUUACCUGGGCUGUGAAAAGUACAAGUUGCCGGCAACCAAGUACAUAAUCGACGUAGCCGAGUGCGAUCGCCUCGAGGACCCCCAAAACGAGAGGCUCUGUGAAAACGGGACCAAGCACCAGACGUACACGCGGGAGUUCGAGGUUCGGGGCCUCAAGCCCUUCACCAAGUACCGUUUCAGGCUUACGCUGACCAACUACUACAGCGACCAGGAGUUUGCGGAGAUCGACCAGUACGGGGCGGGCCUGCUCCUCAAGACCGAUGUCGGGGUGCCCUCGAGUCCCGAGAACCUCGAGGUACGUGCGCUGACGCCCAAUUUGGCCUCGGUCGAGUGGUCCCCGCCGGAGCUCUGGAACGCCGAUUUCGUGCGCUACAAGGUAUUUUGGAGAUCAGCCAACGGCACCCUGCUGGGCGAGAAACCGGUCAAGGACGGGGACGCCUCGACGUACCUGCAGCCACUCACCCCGGGACAGAAAUACGCCGUCCACGUGCGAGCUUACCCGGAGAACUACACGGAUAUGUUCAGCCGGAGCGACGAGAAGAUCCUUAAUAUGCACCCGGAGCCGAACGAUCUGACGCUCAGCGGAGUUAGCUCCGUGGCCAUCAACGUCACUUGGCUGCCCGCCAGAGAUUUGCUCGCGGAUUACGCCCUUGAGUUCGCGGAGGGCGACAGCGACACUUGGCGGACUGUCGAUAGGGCGGCGCAGGUGAGCGGCAGGCUCGUCUACCAGGUCUCGAACUUGCUGUCGAAGAAGCUCUACAAGUUCAGGCUGAUACUAAAGUACCGGGGCAGCACGAUCAACUACGUGUGGCCCAAUGAUGACAGGUUCACCUUCCAGACGCUUGAGGACAUACCGACGGCUCCGGGAGUGCCGUUGCUCGUCAAGUCACAGAACUCGAACCACCGAAUCAGGUGGGAGCCGGCCAAGAGUCUGCACUCCAAGAACUUAUUUUACCAUCUCCAAGGUAGGACGAUCGACGCCGAUGACCUGGGAAACGUGACCAACGAGUGGAUAACGUUGUACAACGGGACCGAUGAUUUUUGGGACGUCCCGCGUAACAUGCGCCAAAAGUACGUAUUCAGGACAAGGGCGUGGAACGAUUAUGGCUUCGGGAACUGGAGCGAAACCAGUCCCGUGGUCGAUCUCAGCGAAAUGACCAGGGCUCUGAUGAUCGCUCAGGAACACCUUGGACUGAUCUUGGGCGUCGGAGUGGCGAUUCUCACGCUCGUCCUGUUCUGCGUGUUUCUCUGUCCGCUCAACAAAAAGUCAAAGGAAGAACAGCAGCAGAAGCUUAAGAAGAAGAAAAAGGCGCCGAUAAAGCUGAAGCCCCACGUCGAGUUGGCGACGCUGCGCGAGAUACCUCGCGGGAACUUUGUCGAGGCGAAUUCCCUGUACGUGGCAGCCGUGGAAACGGACGCGAGCGAUUCUCUGUCGCCAAAGAUCCAGAGGGAGCAGAUAUCUCUGGCCAAAUUUCUAGGCAAGGGCGCCUUUGGCGAGGUCUUCCAAGGAGUCGUCAAGGACAUCCAGGGCCCGGGCUCCACGACCCCCAUAGCCGUGAAGACGCUGCGCAAGGGCGCGUCGACCCAGGAAAAAAACGAGUUCCUGCAGGAGGCCAAGCUCAUGAGCCAGUUCCAGCACAAGCACGUGCUCAGGCUGCUCGGCGUUUGCCUCGACACGGAUCCGCCACUCAUGUUGCUCGAGCUCAUGGCUGGCGGCGACUUGCUCAGCUACCUGAGAAACAGCAGGUCGCUGAAGCCAACCGACCCGUCGGCGUUGCGGCUGCAGGACUUGUUGUCGAUGUGCGAGGACGUGGCCCGGGGCUGCCGGUACCUCGAGGAGCUGCACUUUGUUCACCGGGAUCUCGCCUGCAGGAACUGCCUGGUGUCGGCGCGCGAUCGCGACAACCGCGUCGUCAAGAUCGGUGACUUUGGGCUCGCCCGUGACAUCUACAAGAACGACUACUACCGCAAGGAAGGCGAAGGGCUGUUACCGGUGCGUUGGAUGGCCCCGGAGUCCCUGGUCGACGGUGUCUUCACGUCGCAGAGCGACGUCUGGGCGUUUGGGGUCCUCAUGUGGGAGAUAACGUCCCUCGGCCAGCAGCCCUACCAGGCGCGCACCAACAUCGAGGUGCUGCACCACGUCCGAGCGGGUGGCCGGCUACCCAAGCCUCUCAACUGUCCGAUUCGCCUGCACCAGCUGAUGCUCAAGUGCUGGAGCUCCGUGGACGCGCGACCGAGUUUCAAGGACUGCCUCGAGUACAUACUUCUGCUGAGGAACAGCACCGAGGACGCCGUGCUCAGUCCUGUUAACCAGUUCCACGUCAAUGGAAAUCCGUACAACAGGUCGAGCCACUUCAGGGCCAACCUGAGCAUGCAGCCGCUCUUCCAGGACAGCUCUGACGACACGAGCAAGCCGACGAUCGGGCCAAAGUACUCGUGGCUGCUGGACGACGAGGAAGACGAUUCGAAGGACCCGAGGGCGGCUUACGAGAUACCCAAGUCCAUACCGGUAGCGGUGCAAAGCGCGACGAUCGACAACAACAAUGAUCCAAACGAUACCGGUAGGUACAUCGAUAUCUACACCGAAGAGGGUAAUGACAAAGGUGUCCUGGACGACGGCGCGUCGGACCAAAAGAGCGACAUCGAUUCCCGGACUGCCCACGAGGACGAGGAGGAGGAAGGGUGGAUGGACAACCGAAAGCCCUCAUCCAUGGCCAGUUUAGGUGACAGUAGGUCCCUCAAGCAGUUGGGCUCGUACGCCAAGCUGGUGGGCAACGGGGAGAGCGUGUCUUCGCUGAGCGACUGGAGGAGGAUGAAGAAGAUCGCGAGCGACAGGCGCGAGAGGACGAUCAACGAUGCCGAGGAGACGAGGAGCAACGCUUCGACAAUCGUGUCGUACUCGACGAUAAGCUUCACGCAAGGCAGCGCGAGUCUACCCAGGGCGAGGUUGCAGAGAUCUAAGUCGAGUUUGCAAGGCGCGAGGGCCAAUAUACCUUUGGUGAUUAACAGUGGACUGUUGAAUAUACUGAGGCAAGAGACGGAGGGCCUCGAUGAGGGUGACAGUGAUGAAGUGAGUUACGCGAAUGUUGACUCGGACACGGACAAGGUCACCGAUUUGUGA